AUUGCUAUUACAAAUCGACAUGUGUAUGUGAUGUUAAUGUGUAGGUUUCCAUCAGAAAUAGAAGAUAUUUAUUUUUGACAAUAAAAUUAAUUUAAAAAUUACAUAGAUUAAAUAAAAGUAAUUCAGACAAUUUUUAUGGCUUUCAAGGGCGAAUACAUCAACAAAGAAACUUUGAAAUGUUUAUAUAAAGUCGAAGAUAAAAGAAAUGAUUAGGCGUACUAUUUUUGACAGAACACGUAUGUAGGGGUCCUGUAACAUUUGUCAAAUAUAGGUUAGACUCCAUUUUUCCACGUAAAGUAGGAUUACUGAAUAUUGUCGUUUGUAUAUAUACGAUGCCGAUCGAUCAGAAGCGAAUCAACGGGCCAGAAACUUCUGUGCCAUAUGAAAUUUAUAUUCCAUCCGAAGCAAAAGACAGUGGAAUGCAAUCUAACAUUCCGAAAAGACACGGUCGCUCACAUAAUGAGCUUAGAAAUAUAUUUUUGAAAACAGGUAUAAUUAGUCAAGCUAAAGGUUCUGCUUAUAUCGAAAUGGGCGACACCAAGGUCAUUUGCUCAGUAUUUGAUCCUAGAGAAGUGCACAAUAAGACUGGUUACUGCGUCAAAGGGGAAUUAUUUUGUGAAUUCAAAUUUGCACCUUUCUCUCAUCGCAAACGGAAACUACAUCAGCAAGAUGCCGAAGAAAAAGAGUAUAGUUUGAUACUACAAAGAGCUUUAGAGCCAGCAGUGUGUCUGCAAGAGUUUCCUAAUUUCCAAGUCGAUGUCUAUGCAAUAGUUCUUGACAAUGGAGGUUCUGCGUUGGCUGCAGCAAUCAUGGCAGCUAGUUUAGCUUUAGCAAAUGCGGGUGUACCAAUGUUUGGCUUGGUCACUGCAUCUACUGUUGCUAUAUAUGAUAAGGAGUAUUUUGUGGAUCCAACAGAUACAGAAGAGACAUUUUGUUGCGCUAAAUCUGUAUCAAAUAUAACUCAGGAGCAUGGAAUUAUAGUACAAGCCACUCUUCCACAGCACGGUCAGAUAUCUGAAAUGUAUAUGAUGGGAAGCAUCGAGACAAAUACUAUAGCGCAUUUGAUGGACAUUUUAAAUGAAACUCAUAAGAGCAUAUGCCCCUUAAUGGAGCAAUGUCUGGUAAAAACUGUGUUCAAAACAUUUCAUCCAAAUGAUAAAAGGAUAGAUAAGAAAUAAAAAAUAUAUAUUUAUUUAGUAUCUUAUUAA